GGGAUUGGAGAGCCCAGUGUCUACCACGCCGUGGUGGUGAUUUUCCUGGAGUUCUUUGCCUGGGGGCUGCUGACCACACCGAUGCUCACAGUGUUACACCAGACUUUUCCUCAGCACACUUUUUUGAUGAACGGCCUAAUUCAUGGAGUCAAGGGUCUGCUCUCUUUCCUAAGUGCCCCACUGAUUGGUGCUCUCUCUGAUGUCUGGGGCAGGAAAUCCUUCCUCCUCCUCACUGUCUUCUUCACCUGUGCGCCCAUUCCCCUUAUGAAGAUCAGUCCAUGGUGGUAUUUUGCAGUCAUUUCCAUGUCUGGAGUCUUUGCUGUCACCUUUUCCGUGAUUUUUGCCUAUGUUGCUGACAUCACACAGGAGCAUGAGCGCAGCACGGCCUAUGGCCUGGUGUCGGCCACCUUUGCUGCCAGUCUGGUCACCAGCCCAGCCAUCGGGGCCUACCUCUCCCAGGCCUACGGCGACACGCUGGUGGUGGUGCUGGCAUCAGGGGUUGCUUUACUGGAUAUUGGCUUCAUCCUGCUGGCUGUGCCCGAGUCGCUACCGGAGGAGAUGCGCCCAGUCUCCUGGGGAGCUCCAAUCUCUUGGGAACAAGCUGACCCAUUUGCUUCCUUGCGGAAAGUGGGUCAGGAUUCUACAGUGCUGCUCAUCUGUAUCACCGUCUUUCUCUCCUACCUUCCUGAAGCUGGGCAGUACUCCAGCUUUUUCCUGUACCUGCGGCAGGUCAUUGGUUUCUCCUCAGAGACUGUGGCAGCCUUCAUUGGUGUAGUUGGAAUUCUCUCUAUACUGGCUCAGACAGUAGUGUUGGGAAUUCUUAUGCGUUCGAUAGGAAAUAAAAACACCAUCCUGUUGGGACUAGGCUUCCAGAUCCUGCAGCUUGCCUGGUAUGGCUUUGGAUCACAGCCUUGGAUGAUGUGGGCAGCAGGAGCUGUAGCUGCCAUGUCCAGCAUCACCUUCCCAGCCAUCAGUGCCAUGGUGUCGAGGAAUGCAGACCCCGACCAGCAGGGUGUGGUUCAGGGGAUGAUCACUGGGAUCCGGGGGCUGUGUAACGGCCUGGGGCCGGCGCUCUAUGGGUUUGUCUUCUAUCUGUUCCACGUGGAGCUGAAUGAAAUGGCUGAGGUGGAAACUUUGGGUAAGGCCUCCAAACCCAACAUGGCCAACCCUACAGAUGAGAGCAGCAUUAUCCCAGGGCCUCCCUUCCUGUUUGGGGCUUGUUCUGUCCUGCUGUCGCUCCUUGUGGCCUUGUGCAUCCCAGAACACAACCUUGCCCUGAGGUCGGGCAGCCACAAGAAGCACAGUAACGGAGCCCAGAGCCACCCGCACAGCCCGCAGGCCGCGGGGGCAGAUGGCAAGGAGCCCCUGCUGGAGGACAGCAGCGUGUGA